ACGCACCUCGUGACAACGCGCCUCGAAAACCACCGCGGCACCUACUCUCAUCGUCGGCAAGACGCCAACCACUCACGGACACUACCAGCCUUUCUUCCAUUUCUGAAAAAAAUAAUGACAACCCGAAUCGCUCCUGGAGUUGGAGCGAAUUUACUUGGCCAACACUCGGCGGAGAGGAACCAAGACGCCACCGCAUACGUCGGCAAUCUUGAUCCUCAGGUGGCUGAGGAAUUGCUUUGGGAGUUAUUUGUUCAAGCAGGUCCCGUUGUUAAUGUAUAUGUUCCAAAGGAUAGAGUAACAAAUCUCCACCAAGGAUAUGGAUUUGUAGAAUUCAGGAGUGAAGAAGAUGCUGACUAUGCAAUUAAGGUUUUGAAUAUGAUUAAGCUUUAUGGGAAGCCAAUUCGUGUAAAUAAGGCAUCGCAAGAUAAAAAGAGUUUGGAUGUAGGAGCAAAUCUAUUCAUUGGAAACUUGGACCCUGAUGUCGAUGAGAAACUUCUGCAUGAUACUUUUAGUGCCUUUGGAGUUAUAGUUACCAAUCCCAAGAUAAUGAGAGAUCCUGAGACUGGAAAUUCCCGUGGUUUUGGCUUCAUUAGCUAUGAUUCUUUUGAGGCAUCUGAUGCGGCAAUUGAGGCAAUGAAUGGUCAAUAUCUUUGCAACCGUCAGAUUACUGUAUCGUAUGCAUAUAAGAAAGACACGAAAGGGGAGCGUCAUGGUACCCCAGCAGAGAGAGUUUUGGCUGCAAGCAAUCCUAGUGCCCAAAAGAGCAGGCCUCACACUCUGUUUGCUAGUGGGCCUCCAAAGCUGCCAACCGUUGCUCAGGCCAAUGGAGCAGUCGGUGCACCAGUGCCUCCACGCCCAUUUGCAAAUGGUGGUGUUCCUCCAGCCCCAAUUCCAGCACUCCGCCCACCACCCCCACCAAAUGCAGCUUUCCCACCAAUGCAGGUAGCAGGACAACCUGCUUGGCAGGGUCAAGUUCAACCACCACAGCCAGGUCAAGCCAUGCCACCCCCAGUUAUGCCUCCACCUCAAAUGCAGUUCAGGCCCCCGCCACCAAACAUGCCACCGCCCCCUUCCCAGGUAGCUCAAGCCCCUCUCCCAAGGCCUCCGCCACUGGCUAUGGGAAUGGGAGUCCCACAAGUAUGGCGGCAGCCACCACCUCCACAGCAGUUGCCUGGAGGACCCUUUAUGCAACAAAUGUUGAUGCAGCCACCUCCCCCACCACCACCACUAAGUUGAAGAUUGGAGUGACUAUUCUCAAUGCUGUCUGACACCAGCUGUUUUCUCGGAUGGUUCUUGUAUUAUCAUCUACAAGCGUCCAUAAAUUAACUGAGAUGAAAGAGGUGUUUCGGUUUUGCAAAAUAAACUUGACAACGUGCGAAAUGGGCGGGUAGUCUAAUAGAAGUUGCAGAGGAUAGAAUUAAUCUCUCCUUGCUUUCCUGUAUUUCUCAAAUACUAAAUGUUUAGCAAAUGUCUUUAACUAAAUGUUUUUAGAAAGUAGUCUAAUGAUUAGGCAAUACUCUUAAUCCAGGUUUUUUUUGUCUUGAAGGGAAAAGCACAUUAAUCAAAAAUUAUAAUGACCCCAAUUAAUUAGAA